UGGUCCAGACUUCAGCACGAUGAAACAUACACAUAGGUGGUGCCAGACUCCCCCCUCAGUAACUGUCCGGGUCAAACCCAGCAGUGCUCACAGUCGCCAAAUCAGAAGAGAUCUCCGGCUGAAAAGAGCCAGUGGCCAAAGCGCCCAGGGCCCAGCGGGGAAGAGCCAGUCGAGCCAGCGCCAGGAUGAAGUGCAUUAUGCCAAAAUGAUCAUGCCUCCAACUAUUAUCAUCCACCGGCAGGAAAUGGCAUCAUACUUCAGGCUUUUUGAUGAUGACCUUAUUCAUGACUUCCUGUGGAUGGACUGUUGCCGUAAAAUGACAGACAAGUACCUUCUAGCCAUGACCUUUGUGUACUUCAAAAGGGCCCGCUUCACUAUUGCUGAAUACACCAGGAAGAACUUUUUCAUUGCACUGUAUCUUGCCAACACCAUGGAGGAGGAUGAGGAGGAGAGUAAGUAUGAGAUUUUUCCAUGGGCACUGGGCAAGAACUGGAGGAAGCAGUUUCCCCGCUUCCUCAAACAGCGAGACAAGCUGUGGGUUCGCAUCGAGUACAGAGCUGCUGUCAGCAGGCGCUGCUGCGACGAGGUUAUGGCUAUUGUGCCCUCUCACUUUGUGUGGCAGCGAGAGAGAUCAGAGCACCACAGCGGCGCCCAGCGGCAGUACGGUGACCGAGACCACGCCCAUAUUCCCCGCGGGCCCUCUGCCUCCCCGGUCUCCUGUAACCUCUGUAACCACGGCAGCAGGUUAGAUCAUGGCCUGAGCUCCCCUUCUCCCUAUAGAGGCUCUUCUGCACAGACCCCAAACACCACCUAUCCACACCCGUUCGCCACCUUGCUGACUUUGGAGACCACUCCACCCAGGGCUACAGCCUCUUGCAGGAAGGAGGUGGGGAUGAAAAGCCACAUGCAGCAGUCUUCCUGCUGCUGUGCUGAGGGGGUUCCUAGUAAGUCUCACUAAUACAGGGGAUGAAUCUUCUUGUGGAUCCGCAUACGACCCUUCUAUGGACUGGAUCAGUGAGGAGUAGAGCGUCACCACCUCAGCAGUUUUACUACUACUCUCUUUAUACUGAUGGUUCAGUUCUGUGUAUUAUCUUCUCUUCUCUUUAAUAUCACUUUUACUCUGAAGUAAAGGUCUGAAUCGCAAGGUUAACUCACUAGUUUGUGUUUAUCUCCCAUGCAAACAUGGUACUGAUUUUAUAACUGGUCAGAACAAAGUUAACUCUUCAAGUGACUGUAAGAAUGAGCUAAUGUUAUUCCAUACAUCAUAUUCUGAUGGAAACGUGCAGUAAGAUUAAUGUGAGAUGCCAAAGAGUAUUAUUGUAACGGUUUGUUUAACUUACACUGAGUUCCUGCUAUUUAUUUGUACAAGUAUUUAUUUAUUUAUAUAUUUGUUUGUUUUACUGAAGGACUUACUGAAGGACUGUUUUACUGAAGGAAUUUUUUUGCUGACCACUUAUUCACAGAUUGUAAAAGAAAUUGUCAGUAAAUGAGUUCUAGACACUUUGGCCGAACUGAAGUUUAGCCACUUAUAGAUACAUGUCUUCAACAUAGUCUGUCACAUACUGGGAUUAAACUGGGUGUUGUUAGUAAUGUUGCCACUGUGCCUGUUUAAUGAUCCAAUGCUUCCUUUUGAUUUUUCAAUAAAGGGUUGAACUUUAAUCGGUCAUU